GGCAAGUAUCAAUUCUAAAGGAAGGGCUGUAUGCAAAAAAAGGACAAUUAUUGUAUCACGUGCCUCGCGUCACUGUCGCGACUAAACAAUUACGCGUUGUUUGCCCAAAAUCGGAUUUUUAAACUUAUCGAUUAACGUUUCGUCCGUAGCGUAGGCAACACUAAUUUGACAUAUUAGCCUUUGCUACUACCAGUUGGCUUGAAUCCGCAUGUUUCAGAGCUAUUUACUUGCUCAGCCCAUCACCUUGGUUAUGUGAAAAUGGCAGCCGAAGUUAUUAGUCUGCUGUCAUCGAGCCCAGCUGCACCAUCCCGACCAAUUCUCACUACCUCCCCCGAAGUCUCUCCGCGGAUAGGCCAAGCCGCUCCCUCUAGGGCCCUGGAUUAUGAUUCUCAUAAUUUAACCGCGGUGCCGCCUCCAAAAGGACACAAUGGACAAUCAGACAAGAGAUCUCAUGGCUCAGUCACCGGCGCGAAGCGAACCAAUAGCGGGCAUAUACGGCAAGAUAACGACUUUUUAUUCCUUUCGGAUGAAUUCGACACAACUGGGGACCUUGACGGCAAUGUAGCGAAGAAACCCCGUGCCUCAACUUCUACGACGUGUCUCAAGAAAAGGGAGGAUACUAGUUUCAAGAAAACUAAAUCCGCCACGGGUUCUUCCAAGGGUCACGAGCGACUUUCACCAGUUGCACCGAAACGAUGGAACUCGGCAAUCGACCCAAUAGAACAUAGCAGCUCCCCCGGCAGCUUUGCGGCUCGCAAAGUCCAGAAUAAACCAGAUAUUUCAUCGGACCCGUUCGAAAGCCCACCAAAGAAGCAGACAGCUACCAAUGCCAAAUCAUCUCUAUUAGACUUGUCAAGCGAUCCAUUUGGGAGUUCUCCUAAACAAGACGUUCAUGAAUACCAACCAUCGAAGGCACAAAAAUUAUCGGCUGAUGACACAUCCGAUUUCAGGAGUAAAAAGUCGUCGAAGACGCCUAUAGUCAUAGACCUUUCCGAUAGCGAACCGGAAAGCCCUAAGGGAAUUGGCCUAUCCAAAAAGUCGAAGCAAAACGGAGCUUGGGAUCCAAUAUCGAGCUCGAUGCCAGAAACUAGAGUGCUAAGGCAAGAUAGCCCGACGGACUCGGAUUCUGACUUGCCCGAAUUGAGCGAAAUCAACUUCUCAAGAUCAAAGAGACGCAGAUACAGUCUAUCACCUUCUCCGCCUCGUAAGAAGUCCAAAACCACAGCCAAAGUUCCGGCCGCCAAAAAGACGGCGGGGCCAAAGAAAACCGAAGAAGACAAGGAGCAAGAAAAGAGGCAAAAGGCAGAGGCUCGGGAAGCGGAAAAAGAACGGAAACGAGUUGAAAAGGAGAAUGCAAAACAGCAGCGAGCAACCGAAAAAGAAAAAGAGAAAGCCUUGGCCGAAGUUAAUAAGCUCAAGACUGAUAGGAAGGUUGCCGUACCUGAGAUGAUUGUGGACCUUCCCAACGUCUUGAGCGUUGGCGUUAAGGCUCAGAUAGAGAAGCUACUUGGUAAUAUGGAUGUCCAAUUCGAGUACUGGCAUAGCUACGUCAACAACGUCGUGAAGUGGCGGCGAAAAGUAGGCUCCAAGUACAACGAGGAGCUCGGACACUGGGAGCCGAUCCCAAUGCGCAUCAAAGCGGAAGAGCACGUCAUGGUCAUCAUCGAAGCUGCCGAAUUCGUUAAGCUCGUUCUCGGCCCCGAAGGCCAAGAUCUCGAAGCUCACGUUCUCAAGAUGAAGACGAGCUUCCCCGGCAGCGCAUUGAUCUACUUGAUAGAGGGCCUCACGCCUUGGAUGCGCAAAAACAGAAACAUUCUCAAUCGGAGGUUCGCGUCGGCGGUUCGUGCUCUCGACACUAAUAACGUUGCGGAGUCUACUACUUCGUCCAGCCAGCCCCGACGCCGGAACAACAACGCUCAGCAAGAGUACAUCGACGAAGAUAUCAUCGAAGACGCGCUGCUCUCUCUGCAAGUCGUUCACGGGGCCCUAAUCCACCACACGAACGUGCAGGUCGAAACGGCGGAGUGGGUCGCCGUAUUCACGCAGCACAUCAGCACGAUCCCGUACCGGAAGGCGCGGGACGCGGCCACGGACGCCGGGUUCUCCGCAUGCUGCAGGAGGUGACGCGCGUGACGGCGCCCGUCGCGCUCGGCAUCGCCGCCAAGUACGGCACCGUAAGUCAGCUCGUGCGCGGGCUCGAGGAGGACGGGCCGCUCGCGCUCGAAAACUGCCGCAAGUGCGCCGACAGAGACGGCGCUUUUUCGGAUCGCCUCGUGGGUCCCGCUAUUAGUAAGAGGAUGUACAAGAUCAUAGCGGCAGAAUGUAGGUUCGUGGAAUGGUUCCAACCUAUUACAAUAAUUCCAUGUAUAAUAAUGUUUCAAUUCAGACCAAAUGAUUCCACAAGGCUUACAAUGAUUCCACAAGGCUUACAAUGAUUCCA